AUUGAACUCGACCAGGAAGGAUGCUGCGAACAGCUUGGCGCGGGCUGCGGAAAGGCGCCGCGUCCAUGGCGGAAACGCGGCACUGGACGGCCUGGGGGACAAGUGCAUUGUUCUCGACGGCAGAAGUGCCGACGGACAUCGCAAAGAUCCGAAACAUUGGGAUUCUUGCGCACAUAGACGCGGGAAAGACCACGACCACGGAGCGCAUGCUGUUCUAUUCGGGUGCAAUCCAUCGCAUGGGUGAAGUGCACGACGGCGACACAACGAUGGACUUCAUGCCGCAGGAGCGGGAACGCGGCAUCACAAUCGGGUCGGCUGCGAUCUCGUUUUCAUGGAACGACCACCACAUCAACUUGAUCGACACACCCGGCCACGUCGACUUUACGAUCGAAGUUGAACGUGCCGUACGUGUGCUCGAUGGGGCGGUAGCAGUGUUUGACGGCGUCGCUGGUGUCGAAGCGCAAACUGAAACAGUGUGGGAGCAAGCUGAUCGGUACAAGGUUCCCCGCAUCGCGUUUGUAAACAAGUUGGACCGUGAAGGCGCGUCGUUCGAUCGAACCUUGGGCAUGAUAGAGUCUCGAUUCAACGUAACGGUGCUGCCUGUUCAGCUCCCCAUGGGGGAGAAUGCCGACUUCCAUGGGGUUGUCGACUUGGUGACCAUGGAAAUGCUGACGUGGAGUGACCCUGAGGGCCAAGUCAUUCGACGGCUACCGCUGGUCCCUGGUGCUUCGAAUGAAGCGAUGCAGCAGCUUUACACCAAGGCUUUGAAUGCACGCCAAAGUUUGAUUGAAAAAGCAUCAGAUUUCGAUGAAACACUGGCCGACCUAUUCUUGUGUGAAGAGCCCAUUGAUGCCACGAUGUUGCAAGCGGCGCUGCGACGUAUUACGGUGGCGAAGCCUGACGAUCACCCGAACGCUGUAGUUGCGCUGUGUGGAAGCGCAUUGAAAAACAAAGGAGUCCAGCCCCUCUUGGACGCCAUCGUCAACUACCUCCCAUCCCCAUCUGACCCGAGCAGUUCUCCGUUUGAGGCGUCUGAGGUCCUCAAGGACAAGUCUCUUCGCCCCGUGCAGAUGGACGCGACAGCGUCAGGGCCAUUAUGUGUCCUGGCCUUUAAGGUGAAACAUGAUCGCCAACGUGGCCCCAUUGUGUUUUUUCGGGUGUAUUCGGGCACAUUGCACGCCAAAGCGCAGCUCUACAACACGACCAGAAACGUCAAGGAACGGCUCACGAGGCUCAUGUUGGUUGCAGCAGACGAUGCCGAUGAAGUGGACGAAAUCAAGGCCGGCAACAUUGGCGCGGCGGUCGGUCUCAAGAACACGUAUACCGGCGACACGUUGGUAGCUGGAAAUGCUGUGGUCAAGACUCUGUUGCCAGGUGUCGAAAUCCCAGCCCCGGUUUUCACGUGCUCGAUUGAAUCGGAUUCACUGAGCCGCCAGAAGGAACUAGACGAAGCAUUGGGUCAUUUGCAGCGAGAGGAUCCCAGCUUUGUCGUGAUGCAGGACGAAGAAACGGGACAGACUUUGAUGAGUGGCAUGGGCGAAUUGCAUCUCGAGAUUCUGCAAGAUCGAUUGAAAACAGAGUACAAACUCGAUCCGUCGAUUGGCAAGAUGCGAGUGGCAUACCGCGAGACGAUUGCGUCGCCGUUUGAGCACGUGUAUACGUACGACACGAUGCUCGGCACGGAUCGUCAGUAUGCCAAGGUAGCAAUGCGAAUCAUCCCUCGUGAUAUCGAAACCUCCAAGGACGACGGCGUGAACCGGAUUCGAUGGACCAAGCCAGAAACGAAAACGACCGGCAGUUCGUUUCCAUUUGGAUUCGUUCAGGCCAUCGAGGAGGGGCUCCAGAGCGCACUGGGCCGUGGACAGACUGGCCAUCGCCUUGCCUAUUUGGACAUUGAACUGGAUGCCGCGUCAUGUGCGUUUGACUCGGAUUCGUCGGCCAACUCGUUUCGAGCUGCAGCCGCACUGAGUCUGCGUGAGGCACUCGAAGAAGCUGGGACUGUCCAACUGGAGCCAGUCAUGCUGCUCCACGUCCGAAGUCCCGAUCGUUGUGUUGGGGACAUCUUGUCGGAUCUGAAUUCUCAACGUCGCGCAGCCAUCCAGGAAGUGGGUUUGUGCCCUUCCAUGCGAACUGGCCGCAGCCUCAUUGAAGCGCACGUGCCACUGGCGCACAUGGUCGGGUACGCGACGUCGCUGCGAUCCAAGACGCAGGGCGAAGCUGAUUUUUCCAUGCAAUUUCUCAAAUACAGUCCCGUCGUGUAACCAGGUCCGCCAGGAAUGGUACCAGGAGGAUAUAGCUGUGUUGAACGCCAGCCCUGCAUCACAAAAGCAGGUGGCUGCCCAUCGUCAAGGCCAAACCCGAUCUCGACAUGCUGCGAGGGAUGCACAACUGCUUUGAUUCCCUCGACGAUUUCACUCGCAGUGACCAUUUCGUAACGAAAAACGGUGGUGGAGUUCAUGUUC